AUGACAAAUCCACAGGUUAUUCUCAGUCCGGAUCAAGUGAGGGUCGCAGUGGGCAGCUCAGUGCAGUUACAAUGUGCAAUUGUGCACAGCAGUGUGCAACACCUUGGUGUAACGUGGAAUGAUAACCGUCGUGAGAUCCUGACACAUUCCCAAUCUGAUGGGGUUACCAGAGAUCACACCGAAAAUGAGAAAUUUCAAUCUUUCAGAGAUCUCAUCCAUAACAGCUACAUUCUCACCAUCAGAGACAUAGAAAGCAGCCACAGUGGACGUUAUUACUGUGACAUUGUUGGAAAGAACAUGUCCAAUAGCGGAAAGGCCGUCAGUGUAUCUGUACAAGGUAAAAGUUUUCCUGUCCUAGCUCAGUCACCAGUGCUGAAUGUCAGAGUGACUCAAACUGCUGAGGUACAUUGCUCUGUGUUGGAUAUCAACUUGGAGAAGACUGAUUUACACUGGUACCGACGUAACAUGACAGGGCAUCAAUGGAUUGUGACACACCGUUCUAAAGGCGCUGUGGAAGUGAAUGAACGUUUUCAGGGACAUUUUAAUUCUACCAGAAAUAUCACCAGUCAUGUUGCCACUCUAAUAAUCAUAAACAUUCAACCUGAAGAUGCAACUGUGUGUUACUGUAAAGUGUGGUCUGAUGUGUACGGGAACGGAACCCAGCUUAAUAUCAUCAAGACCCGGUAUCCAGAUUUGUUCCCUAUUUUUCUGGGCCGUCUGUUGGUUCUCCUACUCUUUCUGGCCAUUGCUAUAAUCGUUUUGCUCCAUGUAAACCAAACGGCAUGCUUCACCAACACAUCAAGAUAG